UGGAUGUGCCGCGGUGGCUGCUGGGAUAGCUCGGCCGCUGGUGUGGACAUGUCCGCCAUGUUUUCCCCGGUGCAGGGAGCCGCGCAGCCCGGAGGAUCGGCCCGUUAACCCCGCUGUGUGAUGAGCCCUCGCGCCCCCCGGAGCCGCGGACCCCGCUGAGCGAGCUGCGGCGGGUUGUUCCGGGAGCACCGUUCCCUCGGAUCGUCGCGGAUUUGGCGCAAACAAUGAGUAAACUCUCGUUCCGGGCGCGAGCGCUAGACGCCGCCAAACCGCUCCCGGUGUACCGGGACCGGGAGCUGCCGGACCGGACCGACUGCGUGUCUAUUAACCGGACCGUCCCGCAGAUGCCCACCGGGAUGGAGAAGGAGGAGGAGCUGGAGCACCACCUGCAGAGGGUGAUGUCGGCCCAGCAGGUGUUCAGGGAGAAGAAGGAGAACAUGGUGAUCCCCGUCCCUGAAGCCGAGAGCAACACCACAUACUACGACCGUCUGUACCGAGGAGAGGUCAGCGUCCCCAAACAGCUGAUCCACAUUCAGCCUCUGGGUGUAGACGCGGAGCAGCCGGACUAUGACAUGGACUCGGAGGACGAGAUGCUGCUGAACCGGCUGAAGAGGAAGACGGAGAUCAGACCGCUGCAGUUUGAGACCAUGGUGGACCGCCUGGAGAAGGCCAGCACGCACCAGGUGGUGUCUGUGGCGGAGGCGAAGCUGCUGCUGAAUGAGGAUGACUACCUGCUGAAGGCAGCGUAUGACUACUGGGUGAGGAAGAGGAAGAACUGGCGAGGGCCGUCCCUGAUUCCUCACAUCAAGCCGGAGAGAAGAGACGGGUCCACCAACAGCGACGCCUACGUGGCCUUCAGGCGCAGGACGGAGAAGAUGCAGACCAGGAAGAACCGUAAGAAUGACGAGGCUUCCUACGAGAAGAUGCUGCGCCUGCGGAGAGAGUUCAGCCGGACCGUCAGCAUCCUGGAGAUGAUCAAGAGGAGAGAGAAGUCCAAGAGAGAGCUGCUGCACCUCACGCUGGAGGUGGUGGAGAGGAGGUAUGAGAUGGAAGAUUUCAGCGGAGAGACUCUGAGAGAGGUUUCUCUCCCUCUGCUGGAGAAAUCAGCGUACUGCACCCCGGCUGCUCUGAACAACGGCAACCAUCACAACAGUGACGUCAACAUCAAGAAGAAGCCGCUGUGCAUCCGAGACAAGCUUCCCUUCGAUCCAAUCAGACCAAAGAAGAAGAACAUGAGGCAGGACAGGAAGUGUCCUCCCCAGAGACGUCCCGGCCGCCCCCCCACUGUCUUCACCGUCAACAUGGCAGACAUCAAACAGUACGACUUCCACAGCUCUGGAGAGGACGACACGCCCCCGCUGUCUCCUCCCUCUUCCCCUGAUGAAGAAAAUCAUCCUGACGGAGUUUAUGUCUUCAGGAGAAAAGAUGGAUGUCAAUAUUUCUCUCCUUGUACGGAGCAGAUGGGUGGAGUUGAUGACCUCGUCCCUCAGUGUCUCCGUCACUCUCUGGCUGAACUCACGCUGCCUCCUCAUUGGACGGGACUGAGCCGCCGCCGGAUAGGACGAGGGGGCAGGAUAGUUCUGGACCGAGCCUCCUCAGCUCUGGACCCAGUCCUGCAGCAGCUGGACUCUCUAACAGACCCAGUCUGCAGGACCAGGACCAGGACCAGAACCCUCCUCAGGGACUCUGUGAGUCCAGGAAGCAGCUUCUCCUCCCUGACUGAAGUUGUGAACAGCAUCCAGACCCUGCGGAGGUUCUGCUUCAGACCCAGACGGGUCCAGGUCCAGAGGGAAGGACACAGCCGGACCACCAGGUCCCUGCCCUGCCAUCUGUCUCCUAGCAACGCCUCAGCAGGGGGCAUCACAGAGGAGCAGUACCACAGUCAUCAGCAGCAGCUCUUCCAGAUGCAGAAACAGCAGCUGGAACAUCUGCAGAACAUCACAGCACCUAACCCUCACACAGCACAGUCCAGCAGUGAGCCUCUGGACUCUGCCAGUGCUCAGUUUGCAGCCUCGGCUGUGAUCAGCGGUCGUCUCAACGGAGAGAACAAACCAUACGGAGCCAAUGGAGUUCUCCAUCCUCCAGGUCCCUCCAGACCUCCGUACUCUUCCUCCUCUUUGUCUGUCAGCAGAAGCCCCGCCCACCGCCACCGAGUCGCCACCCCCCCAACGUCUGCCUUAAAGCUCGCCAGAGAUCCUCACGAGUCGGAGAGACUUCUGAACGGACGGACAGAGAACACGCUACCCAUGGAGGUCACAUGACCCCGUCUCUGACCGGUGAAUGUGGCGCGCCGUGAUCUGGCCUCAGAAUCAGAACAUUUUACUGAGCAAAAACAUUAUUAUUAUCAUUAUCAUUGUUGUUGGUGUUUGUACAGUUUGUAAAUGUCUUUGAUGUAAAAUAUUUGAGUUUGUUUCUGAAGCAGAUUAUCAUCAUGUGAUAGUAAACACAUCUGUUACCGGGCAGAAACC